AAUCUUCACAGUACAUCAUGCUGACCAAAAGAAAUCAACGAUCCAGAUCACUCCUAAAAGUCAAAACAACCGUACGCAAUCUCUCUUCCCGUCUCCAAAUCUUCCCCGCCAAACACUUCGCCGUACAUUUCCAGCACUCCUCUCUCUUCCAAAGCAAAUGCAAAUCCUGAAAAUCUCCGCAAUCUAAAAAAUAUAUAUUUAAAUUAUAAAAAACCUAAUUUUUAUUUUCUCUAAAAUCGAAAUCAGAUGGAGAUGAUCCUGUGCAACCGGUUCAUCGCACCCCUCUUGCUCCUGUCGUUGUGUCUGGUUGUUCCGUUGGCCGUUGCCAGCGACGUUAAAUAUUGCGAUAAGAAAGCUGAGUAUGAUGUACAGGUUCAAGGAGUUGAGAUUUCGCCUAACCCGAUUGCAAGGGGGAAGCCUGCUACCUUUAGUAUAUCUGCAACUACAGGUGCAGCAAUCGCUGGGGGGAAACUGGAGAUUGAGGUUUCGUAUUUUGGAUGGUACAUUCACAGUGAGACUCAUGACCUUUGUGAUGAGACAUCUUGCCCUGUUUCUAUUGGUGAUUUUGUGGUUUCUCACUCACAAGUUUUGCCAGGAUAUACUCCCCCUGGCUCAUACACUUUGAAGAUGAAGAUGCUCGAUGCAAACAAGCAUGAAUUGACAUGCAUUAGUUUUGAUUUUUAUAUCGGGUUUGCAUCAUCUGUGGCUGACAGUUAAACAUCAGUAUGCCUUUUUUUCAUCCUUGUAAAUUACUCUAUAUGCUGUAUGUUCUGUAUAACUUUGCUUAUCCCAGUGAGUUCUGACUGGAAAACAUUAUAGCUAUUAUGUUGCCUAUGGCAUAGCGCAUUGGUGGAUGAAACCAUUAUCCGGUUCUUAAUACAAA